AUGGAUCCGACCCGAAAGAAACGGUUUUGGAGGAUCAAGAUUGUACCGAAACUGAGAAUCUUGAAAACGGCGUCGCCUAAGAAGCUUUUGGUUUGGAUACGUGAUGCUUACGUGAAGAUGAUGAUGCGUUUGGCUAACUCACGGGUUAUUGGAUCUUCUGGAUACGGUGGAUCUGGAUUCGGGUCGGGUCAAAUGAAGGAGUACGAUGAGAAAAUGCUCGUGGAGAUUUACAAGUCGAUAUUAAUGGCUCAGGCGCAGGGGAAUCUCGUGCACCGCGAUGCACCUAAUAAUAAACUUGCUGCUUCUGAACCGCCGCUUAUCUCUGUUUCUUCUGUUGUUACUACUUGUUAG